UCUCUGAAGCUCCCCAAGAGGAGACACUAGCGUCCCCGAGGCCCUUAGAGAGAGGAGCUGCCUGCCUUCCUCCCCGCUGCCUCUGGAGACCCAGGUGACAGGUCACAGCAGAACUUCUGUGUUUCGUGAGCCUGUGCCAUGCUGGUCCUCCCAGGGCUCCUCAUGGCGCUGCUGGGCUGGGCUCUUGCUCUGGACCCAGCCCUGGAAGAUGGAUGGAGAGGAUGGAAAAGCUUCCAUGCUAAGGAGUAUCCCGAGGAGGAUGAAGGUUUCCGGAAGGAGACCUGGGUGAAGAACCUGCAGCGGAUCAAGCAGCACAACCUGGAGGCAUCUCAGGGGAAGCACAGCUACCACCUGGAAAUGAACCACUUUGGGGACCUGACGGAUGAAGAGUUCAACCAGGUUCUGAACGGCUUCAUUCCCGACACCGCCCAGCAGCCCCGUGGGAUGGAGUUCCUCUUCCAGGAACCGGCUUCUCCUGUGACCCCGAAAGAGGUGGACUGGCGAGCGAAGGGCUAUGUCACCCCCGUGAAGAACCAGGGCUUAUGUGGGUCAUGCUGGGCUUUCAGUGCCACUGGGGCCCUGGAGGGCUUGGUCUUCAACAAGACAGGCAAGCUGGUGCAGCUGAGUGAGCAGAACCUCAUGGACUGCUCCUGGAAGCUGGGGAACAGCGGCUGCCAUGGGGGGUACAUCACAAGGGCCUUCCAGUACGUGCAUGACAAUGGGGGCAUCAACUCGGAGCACAUCUACCCCUACCUGGGACAGGACAACUCCCACUGCCGCUACAACACCCAGGACAAAGCGGCCAACUGCACCUCCUUCCAGCUGGUCAAGCAGGGCAGCGAGGCAGCCCUGGAACAGGCGGUGGCUACCGUGGGCCCAGUCUCGGUGGCGGUGGAUGCUAGCAACUUUAAGUUUCACUUCUAUCGGAAAGGAGUCUUCAAUGACAGUCACUGCAGCCAGACAGUGAGCCAUGCGAUGCUUGCUGUUGGCUACGGCACGACCCAGAAGGAUGGGAAAAGCAAGGACUACUGGAUCCUAAAGAACAGUUGGUCUGAGGGCUGGGGUGAACAAGGCUACAUGCGGCUGUGGAAAGGAGACAACCACUGCGGGGUUGCCAAUCAAGCCAGCUUUCCGAUCUUGUAACCCCUCGGACCCGCCAAGGGGCCUCUAUGCUAGAACAGCGUUCAUCCCACCGGGGUCCUUUCCCCUUGAUUGCCUUCAAGUCUGGACUUUUCUCCUCCGAACACCACUCCUUUGGGCCCCCAGCCAGGAUUUCGGGGCAGUUUCUUUGUUGCCACAGGUUCAAAUUUCACCUGCCUUUAGUAGCAAUUAAGUCGUGUAGCAAACUGCUCUUCUAAUCGGGAUGCGCGGUGUCCCGUCCGCACCGAGUGAUAUGGGGUGUUCUCUGCCUAACGCCUUCCCAAGAUAACUGUGCAAAGCGAGCUCUUUGUUGGGCGGAAACAAGAUUAAAGAGGCUUCUCCACAGGAGCUCUCUGUGUACGACAA